GAGAAAGAAGAGACCAGCGGAGGGAGGGAUCGACCCUGUUUCUGGACCUGUACUGAGCUGCUCCCCAUCUUGGAUAUAGGGCAUAACACACCGCCAAACAAAAAUGCUCAUAAAGGAAUUUCGAGUGAUCCUUCCUAUCUCUGUGGAGGAGUACCAGGUUGGCCAGCUGUACUCUGUAGCCGAGGCCAGUAAGAAUGAGACGGGUGGAGGAGAAGGAGUGGAGGUGCUAAAAAAUGAGCCCUAUGAGAAAGAAGGAGAGAAGGGACAGUACACACACAAAAUUUACCAUUUGCAGAGUAAAGUGCCGUCAUUCGUCAGAAUGUUGGCUCCAGCUUCAGCUCUCAACAUCCAUGAGAAAGCCUGGAACGCGUACCCAUACUGUCGCACAGUUAUCACUAACGAGUACAUGAAAGAUAACUUCCUGAUCAAGAUUGAGACAUGGCACAAACCUGACACGGGACACCUUGAAAAUGUACACGGUUUGGAUGCUGAAACCUGGAAGAAAGUCGAUGUAGUCUAUAUUGAUAUCGCGGACAGAAGCCAAGUGGAUUCGAAGGACUACAAGCCAGAGGAGGACCCUUGCAGGUACAAGUCAGUGAAGACAGCACGAGGCCCUCUAGGACCAGACUGGAAGAAGGAACUUCCUAAGAAGACAGACUGCCCACACAUGUGUGCCUACAAACUGGUCACUGUCAAAUUCAAGUGGUGGGGCCUGCAAAAUAAAGUGGAGAACUUCAUUCAAAAGCAAGAGAAGCGUUUGUUCACUAAUUUCCACCGUCAGCUGUUCUGCUGGAUCGACAAGUGGAUUGACUUGAACAUGGAAGACAUUCGUCGCAUGGAGGAGGAGACACGCAAGGAGCUAGAUGAGAUGAGAGUGAAGGACCCAGUGAAAGGGAUGGUGGCUCUAGAGGACUGAGGUUGAGUUGGACCGUGAAUGCUGCUGCUAAUCAGACCAGACUACCCAGACACCAGCGGAUUCACAUCCUCCGUCUAUUCCUACUGACACAUCUGACCGGCCGGUCCAACUCCCCUUUGCCCCUUUCCCCUUCCCCUCCGGUACAAUCUGGUUUUCAGGGACCUGGACCCAGUAAACUCGCAGUUUUCAGAUGAUCUCCUCAAACAUAUCCCAACCCCCUUGAGUCCCAUCCAUAAUUUGUUUUUCCAUCCAGUGUUCCCAUCUUAUUAAGUGCUCUGAGGCCUCCAGUAGCAACAAUUUAGAUCUUGUCAGUCCUCUCUUUCUCUCUCUGUCUCUAAACUGUUCUACGGAGAAUUGUGUCAUUUAUCUCUGCAAUUUAGGAUUUAUUUCUAUUUAAGAUGUCCCAAUGGUGUAUAUAUACAGUAUACCGUAUAUCGGGGAGCUGAAUAAUUGUAUUGAAGUAUAUAUAUAGACAUAUAUAUAUAUAAAUAUAAAUAUAUAUGAACAGGGUUUUUUUAAAUAUUUUGUCUGUAAGUUUGUCCGUGGAUGUUUAUUUUUUUUCCAGAACAAGCUCUAUCUGCUCAGUGUUGAGUUUUGAUCCUGUGAUUAUUUUAUUUUAUUUUUUGAAUUUGUCAUAAUACCUCCUACUCUCCAUUUGUGUCAUGCUAUAUGCAGUGUUUCCUUUUAUUGUUAAAAAACAAUUUGCAAGUCUCUAAACCACAGCUGUAAGGUUGGGAUUGUGCUGAGAGUGUUAUGUUGUCCCUGCUGUAGUUCCUGACCUAACAGAUAGGAUUUCUUACCAGUAUCUCCUUUAAUAUGUUGAGGCAUCCAUUGGCUUUUCUGCUGUUUUGCGAGUUUGUGUGUGUGUGUGUGUGUGUGUGUGUGUGUUUCGAUAGCGUUUUAAAUUCAUCAAGGUUUCCAGCCAUGUUUUUAAUUUUUCAGUCUCCAGAUCAUUUCUAACUCUUCAGUUUCAUCAGGUAGGGAGUGCAGUAAUUUAAACACACACACACACACACACACACACAAACACACACGUAAUAUAUAUGAUAGAAGUCAAAUGUAACAAUCUUGAAAGGAAAAUACACAUUAGAUCAGCCAUAAAUGGGUCAUUUUUUUCCACAGACUUCACAUAAUCUUUGCUGCAAAACUGUGAUUGAAACGGUAGCAGCCAUCAUCAAUACACAGCUCCUCACGCUCGCUGUAGAUAGAUAAAUGGUUCUUUGAAAGUAAACUUUAAGUGAUCUGCAUCAGUUCUUGCCCUGUCACCCAUCCUGUCACCUCCAGUGGAUAAAUGGUCUUAUCCAGCGAUAGCAAUAACUACCAUGACACGUUGGUCUCUCCUUUUGUCAUCACAAAUCUGAUCUUACUCUACUGUGUGUUCCUAUGCUGAAAACAGUUUGAGUAAAGCAGAGCCCAAGCUAAAAGUCAAGGAUGGUUUAGGUGUUGAUUAGUUAUUUAUUAAAUGCUGGUUUUAUUGUGUUUUUCUUUGGAUGAUGCAGAUUCCUCUCCUACUGGAAUCUGAAGCCUGUUACGUGUAGUAGUGUGGUUUUCCGGUAUAUGCAUGAGUGUACAUGAGUGACGUACAGUAGUGUCUUUGAAGAGAUCUGAUGCUGGCUGGUGAAGCUGGGAGGAAGUAAUGGAGCUAUAGGGGUGAUGACAGCAGCCAUGAACGUUCCUCCUCUAGUUGAUGUCUGUUUGGCCUCCUUUGUCCUCAGUUACUUUUAUUAUCCAUCCUCUAUUUACCUUCCCUACGCAUCUUAUAACAGCGUGGAAACUUUAAAGAGCAAGCAACUGAUAAUGCCAGAACCAUAAUACUAAUUUGGGUCACUCAGAUUAAAACAUUUUAAUCACGUCAUAGCCCAAAAAACUUUGAAUGAUUAUACAAUCAUAUACAAUCAGAUUGAAUGUUUAGGAGUAUGAAUAUCAGUUCCACUGAAGGGAUUUUCAUUGGCAAUUCUUAAACAAAGACUGUAUCAAUUCCAGCUUUAAAUUAAAUGUCUGUAUUGGCCGAAUACUAUAUUUUGUUUUUCAUUUUAUUUUAUUCUUUUUGGUCUGUAGCAACUCAGUCUGAGGAUAAAUCAGAAGACGGAAAAAUGAUAAUGAUUUUAUUAUGUUUUAACGCCCCGAGGUGCUCAUAGAAUUGGGGCGGAUUUUCUGUAGAUUGCAGCACUGACACCAGUCUUCCAAUGCCUCUUGAAUUAUGAUUACAACACACAGAUAUGGAGUAUUUAAAUGACUUUGUGUAUCAUUUUACAGGAUGAUAUUGGACUAGUUUAUACAUCUAUGUGAUUCGUCUUAAGCCCACGCUCACAAGCCAAUAAAUCCAAAUGUCUUAUGCUCAGGGCAUUAUUGGCAACCAUACAAGCAUAGACGUUUAUAUUAUCUGUAUGUCAGAUAAGGUUUAAAAACCCGUCACUGCAUUUUCUGUUGCCUCCCCUUUAAAGAAAACACUGGACCUGGACAUCCAACCCUUCCACCUCUCUCUGUGUCCAUCAAACAUCUCACUCACUUGUCUGUGAUGGGGCUACCAACUGAAUCAUGGAGAUUUAUGGAUGUACUGUAUGUAUUGACUGUAAAUAAUAAAUAAAUAAAUGUAGAUGAACACAUAUAUAUAGAACAGACUGUCCUGCCAGACUUUCAGCACACCCUUUUGACACUUGAUCCUCUCAUUCCAUCGCUAUCACACAGACCACAGUGACACAUUUGCUCUCACAGAGGUGUUAUUGUGAGGAACUGUAGAGGUAUAAUUGCUGAACUUUAGAGCUGACAAGACAUUUAGAGAAAUACUGUCAGUUACAGCUGUGUGGUUUGUAUUUGGAGGUAAAAAGACAUUAAAAAUAAAAACCCUGUUCACUAUUUCCUCUCCUUCUCACUUUGGUCUUCCCUCAAAGGGACCACGUCUUAUUGGCAGGACAGUGUAUAGAUAUAUAUAUUUUUGUUCUGAGUGUUGUUGUACCUCUGUUGUCAGUCUCUGAACUACACUCGAUUCUCUCACUGAAAAGGAACAUAUAACGGCAGCUUGGGUCAGUUCAUUGAUCCACAUGGUUAGCUGAUGGUGUCAGCCUCGGUGCAAGUUAGAUUUUCCCCUCCUAUGGUUUAUGUGGGCGAUUGAGGGGAAAUUAUUUUACAUUUAGGAGCACUUGGAGACGGAGGGUUGAAGUUAUAGCUACAUAGAACAAUUAGAUGUGGUUCUUUGAAAAACAGAUACUGAUACUAGGUCCAUUUUAAGAGCCUGAAGACACCAUACAAACUUUUGAGAGAACAUGGUUCAACAGAGACAAUCUCAUAGAUAUCUGUUGUUAGAUUCCUCGAUUUAUGAUCACAUUAUGAAACCAAAUGAUUCCAAAAUUCCAAACUGUUUUAAAAUCUCUCUCUCACUCUUUCUCUCUCUCUCUGACUCUCUCUUACUCUCUGUCAGCCCUAUUAACUUGUCUCCUGUUUUUCUUUAUUUUAUUGUGAAUUUGUGCCUUUUUGUCAUCUUCCAAUAACACUACUGUACA